AUGAACGUCGCUUUCCUGAUCUUUUUGAUGAUUUAUCGAGUGAAUGCACAGUACGAGCCACAAUCAAACAUCGACCGAUUAGCACAACGACCGGUAUUGCCACAGUGUCCCCGAGAAUGGGAAUGGGCGUGUAGAAAUGGAGAAUGUAUCGCCCAUUAUGAUGUAUGUGAUGGAAUUCAACAGUGCACUGACGGAUCGGAUGAAUGGAAUUGUGGAGAUGGAAGGAGAGGAGGUGCUCCGAUGGCUCGAGAAGGAGUUGCUCCACCACGGGAGAGCAACAUGGCGAAUACGGUAGCAGCAGUGGUGAAGGAGACAACUACAGUAGUCGCCGAGUCUUCAGGUACCGUAACCAUCCAAUACACUCACAUUCUCUUUGCUUUGGCUGCUUUUGUCAUUCUUUCCGUUGCCGUGGUUACUGUAAUCAAAAGAAGAUCCCGACAGAAGACAGGAUUCAGAAAUCGACGUGGUGGACACAGUAUCCUUCAACAGGAUUCAGAUGAAGACGAUAUUCUUAUCAGCUCCAUGUAUUCUUGA